CUCUCUCUUCUCUCUAUCUCUCUCUCUCUCUCUCUAAAACAGAAAGAAAGAGAGAGAUCCAAAUCCAACGAUAACAGAUAUUAUCUGCUUUCCUUUUCUCCUCUCCCUUACACCGGAAUCGAAUCUCUCACAUUGGUCGAUCUUUUCUAGUAACGGCGGCGGCCACCGCUUUCUUCUUCUUUCUCCCCCUCCAGGCCUUCAUUGGUAAUUGCUGAUUCUUGAAAAGGUUAGCAAUAUAUGGAGGGAGUUAAAUUCCCCUGUGGUGGGAUUAUUAACGAUUUCAAAGGAAGAAGAAAGUGUUACAAACAAGAAUGGCUUGCUGCCUUCAAUUCUGGUGUCAGGAUUUUGGCUCCAACUCUGUAUAUUUUCAUUGCCUCUGCACUACCUGUGAUUGCAUUCGGCGAGCAGCUUAGCAGAGAGACAGAUCGAAGCCUUGGCAUAGCGGAAUCAUUAGCUUCAACAGCUAUUUGUGGAAUUAUUCAUUCAGUUUUUGGUGGACAACCUCUCUUGAUCGUAGGGGUUGCUGAACCCACUAUUAUAAUGUACACAUAUCUUCACAGUUUCAGCAAAAGCAGGCCUGAGCUGGGUCAGAAACUCUACUUAGCUUGGUCUGGAUGGAUCUGUGUCUGGACAGCAGUUUUGCUUAUCCUUCUUGCAAUGUUAAACGCAUGCAACAUCAUUUCUAGGUUUACAAGAAUCGCAGGAGAGCUCUUUGGAAUGCUCAUAACCGUUCUUUUUAUCCAGGAGGCUGUUAAGGGACUUAUAGGCGAGUUUCUUGUCCCAAAAUCUGACGAUCCAAGUUUGGAAGCGUAUCAGUUCCAAUGGCUGUAUACCAAUGGUCUUCUUGCCGUCAUAUUCUCAUUCGGUCUUCUUUACACUGCUCUGAAAAGCAGGAGGGCAAGAUCAUGGAAAUAUGGCUUCAGGUGGAUGCGAGGUUUUAUAGGCGAUUAUGGAACUCUCCUCAUGCUUGUGUUGUGGAGCGCAUUUUCAUACACAGUCCCUAGAAACCUUCCUGAAGGAGUUCCAAGGAGGCUGGAAUUGCCACUUCCUUGGGAAUCCGAGUCUUUGUAUCACUGGACAGUCGUCAAGGAUAUGGGGAAGGUCCCGCCUCUUUACAUCCUUGCUGCAUUUAUACCAGCAAUCAUGAUCGCAGGUCUAUACUUCUUUGAUCACUGUGUAUCUGCACAAAUGGCUCAGCAGAAGGAGUUUAAUCUCAAAAAUCCCCCGGCUUAUCACUAUGAUAUCUUUAUCCUAGGAAUCAUGACAUUGAUCUGUGGUCUACUUGGACUUCCUCCUUCAAAUGGGGUCAUUCCACAAUCCCCUAUGCACACAAAGAGUCUUGCAGUUCUUAAGAAGCAGCAAAUGCGUAAGAAAAUGGUACAGAAAGCAAAAGAAUGCAUGAGGGCAAAAGCUAGCAACUCGGAGAUCUACGGGAGGAUGCAAGAUGUGUUUAUAGAGAUGGAAACAUCCCCUAAGGCUACAGUGGUGAAAGAGUUAGAAAACCUGAAAGAAGUAGUGAUGAAAGCAGAUGAUGGAGGAGGAGACACAAAGGGGAAGAAAUUUGAUCCAGAGGUACAUAUUGAAGACCAUUUGCCCGCUAGAGUAAACGAGCAGAGAGUGAGCAAUCUCUUGCAAUCGAUCCUUGUUGGGUUGUUGAUAUUUGCAGUACCAGUUCUCAGAAUGAUACCAACUUCAGUCCUAUGGGGUUACUUCACUUACAUGGCUGUUGAUAGUCUCCCUGGUAACCAGUUCUGGGAAAGACUUCAGUUGCUAUUCAUAACUCCUGGUCGUCGAUUCAAAGUUCUUGAAGGCUUACAUGCAUCAUUUGUGGAGAUAGUACCAUACAAGUCGAUUGUUAUGUUUACACUCUUCCAGCUUCUGUAUUUUCUGAUAUGUUAUGGAGUGACAUGGAUACCUGUAGGAGGAAUAUUGUUCCCAUUGCCGUUCUUCAUCCUCAUUGCUCUAAGACAACACAUCCUCCCGAAGCUUUUUGAUCCAUCUCAUCUCCAAGUUUUGGAUUCUUCAGAGUAUGAAGAGAUGGUUGGUGCACCACAAAGAAACUCCAGCUUCGGUUUCAAUGGGGAGUUAAGAGAGGCGGCGCUUCCGAUCAGUGUUGUUGAGAAUAGUGAAGACGAGUUUUAUGAUGCAGAGAUCCUAGAUGAGAUUACUACUAGCAGAGGUGAACUCAAGCAUAGAACCUUAAGUGUCAAAGAAGACAGAUCCCAGAUGGUGUAUCCAGAAAACAGUGGACACUCAUAAUUAAGUCUUGCUUGAGAAAAGGAACAAAUCCGUUUGCUUGAAAGAAACCGCAGAUUAAAAUGGUACGAAGAAGAUGUUUAGAGGCGAUAGAAAAAGCAAGUGAGCAUAUAAAGAUGGGGCAAAGAGAGGGAGGAUACAAGUACAACAAGCUUGCUGAUUGUUUCUGCUAUGAAACAUGUUUUUGGUUUCCUCACUUUUUUGUUUCCUCACUUUUUUGUUAUAUUUUGUUUACUUUAUCUACCACACAACAACAACAACAACAACAACAAAAAGAAAAAAGGAUAGAUCACACACUACUAGACAAUUCUCUCAUUUCUGCCUUUAGGGCUGAAAGAUGAAGUUUUUGUUACUUCUUUUUGUUUUGUUAGAAAUAAAAAGCUGGAUGACAAGAGAGAAUUCCUUCUAC